UGGAUUCAGUCAUGGAGGGGGUGGGCUGUCCAAAACACAGAUGUCCCCGCCCCGGCGCUCAUCUUAUUGGUGUAGCAGGGUGCCAAAGCCGGAGGGUCCUGUUCGGAGGGGGCCAGUGAUUGGUUGCUCGGGUAUGCGUGUGCAGGCAGCGCAGCCUGUCCGUUUGAAUGUGCUGGGGACUGGAGGGGAUCAUUUCCAUGGACCAUCUGUCUCACUGGCUACCCACACAACAAAGAAGGACCCAGGAUGGUGUUAGUACAUGUUGGAUAUCUGGUUCUCCCCGUCUUCGGCUCAGUUAGAAAUAGAGUAUCGAGGCUGGCUCUACAUUCCGCAUUUCUCAGACCUUUGUCCCCCUCCAUUGUGUAGCUAACGAUCAUCUGCUGCUGUCUGCCGUAGCCUCUGCCUGUUCUCUGCAUCUAGCUGUAUUGUGAACCCCUUCUUCCUCAUUUCCUCUUUCCAUCUGAAGACGACAUUGGCAUUAAAACCGAGUUCCCACUCAUACCGUAUCCUUCUGUGUAACAGACUAAAGAAUAACACCUUCUGUAGAAAACAGUUUGUCUUUAUUUAAACUGUCAUGUUGCUCUUCAGUGAAUAACCCAUUGUAGCAUUAGAUUUUACUACAGACUGUCAUUGUGAUUCUCCCAUUCAGUGUGGAUAGACUACAUUCUGCUGUAAAUUUCUGUAAAGUGGAUACAUUUUGAUCCUCCCUGAUUCGAUUACAGCCAGGCUUGAUCGAUCAAACUCUUUGAAUUUCGUCUCCAUCCCCUAUUUGCAAAGGUGCAUUGUACCAGCUUUUGUCAUCAAUAAAGCACUUGUAUGAUCACCUUCUCUAAAUCAUGCCAAUAAUCUUGUUAUCCUAACAUUCAUCAAUUGGCCAAUAAAUGUAGUACUAAAAUCAGUCAUUUGUGACGUUAUUUUCACCUUUGAUGGUCCACUGCACCUGUUAUAGUGGCGUCCAAACGGCUGGACAUAAUCCUAUCCAUGUGUGAAAGCCUUUGUCCCUGCUAGCUGAAUCGAUUCACCCAAUCACAAUAAAUUGGCGAGACUCAGGUCUAACUCAUCGUGCCAUUUUAAAAAAAAUCCCCCUUUUUUGAUUCACUAUCAUGCACAGCCCCCUCUCAAGUCUUUCCUCAGACACCUCCAGAAUGCUAUCCAUUUUACAGGGAUGUGUAUAUCCUGCACUGCUGUAGAACUCCUUUUUAGAAUGAAAAUGUCUUUUAUUCUUUGGUUGUGGUUUUCUACCUUAUGUUCUUGUAUUAGAUCCUAAUGCAUGGUCAUUUUAUACUUUUGUUUUUCCACAUUGAACAGCAGAUUCCAAUGUAAACUUUGUGUAGAGAUGUCCCUGCUAUACUGAAAUGUGCUGUAAGCAUACACAUCUACUCAUUGGAUGCUGCUUCUGUUCUGUUAACCCUACAGAGAGCAUGGUCGGGCCUUGCCUUUGGUCUUUAUUUGCAUGGUAUUAUUAUGGUUAUAUAGGAGAUAUUACUCUUAUUAUUACUAUUAUCACACAGUGCCACACAUACUAAUAUUUUCCAAUAAAGACUGUAGUUUUCUUUCUAACCUUCAGUGUGCUUUUUGCUGAUUUCCAUGUGUUCCUCCCCUCCUCCCUCCACACUGUGCUGUCACUGAGACGGUCCCCUCACUCUUUGUGCUCUCAUUUCUCAGCUGUCUUUGACAGAGUUUCUUCAAGUUGUUGCUCUGCUAACUUUUGGAAACACAGCCUCCCUCACAUCCACUCAUUGGUGUUCAUUGGUGAUGAGUUAACAUUGGAACAACCUUGGAUGAUAUGGAUAGAAUCCACUGCCAUGGAGCACACUUCACCAGGCAUCAACACAGCCAUGCUACCUCCUGCCGACACUUUCACCUGGGCGCUCCCCAGGCACCCAUCUCAGCAGAGUUCCCUCUAGGACACGCCAGCCAGCCGCCUCAGAGCGGCCUGGCCACCCACCUGCCCCCGGCACACCAUCCGCCCCUCACUGCCCUGUCUGCACCCCCUCAGUUUCAGGAUGUGCCGGGGCCUCCAUUCCUACCUCAGGCCUUACACCAGCAAUACCUCAUCCAGCAGCAGCUUCUCGAAGCGCAGCACCGCAGGAUUCUCCCGCACUCCAGAAGAACCCAGGAGCGUAUUCCCCUGAACCCUCACCGACUGCGUUCUGGCUAUGAGUACUCCCCUCCUCUCCAUGUUCCCCAGCCAAUGACACAGCAGCAGCAACGGUACCUGGCCGAAGGCACCGACUGGGAUCUCAGCGUUGAUGCUGGCCUCCCUCACCACCAGUACCAGCUUCAGCAGCUUCCGCAGCACUAUCAGCAUUACCUGGCCUCCCCUCGAAUGCACCACUUCCCCAGGAACACAUCCUCUGCACAAGUGGUUGUGCAUGAAAUCAGAAACUACCCGUACCCCCAGCUGCACUUGUUGGCACUGCAAAGUCUGAAUCCUUCGAGGCACGCCACCGCUGUGCGAGAAAGUUAUGAGGAGCUGUUGCAGCUAGAAGACCGGCUGGGGAGUGUCAGCAGAGGAGCUGUUCAGACAACCAUAGAGAGAUUCACCUUUCCACACAAAUACAAGAAGAGAAAGCCCCUACAUCUGAAGAUUGGGGAGGAGGAGGAAACAGAUGUGGAUGAGAAAUGUACCAUCUGUUUGUCCAUGCUGGAGGACGGAGAGGACGUCAGGAGAUUGCCCUGUAUGCACCUCUUCCACCAGGGCUGCGUGGACCAAUGGCUGGCCACCAGCAGGAAGUGUCCAAUCUGUCGAGUUGACAUCGAAACACAGCUGAACCCUGACAGCUGAUGAGAUUUAACCAACACCCCCCACCCCCCCACCCCCCGGUCAAUCACCCUCUGUGGUUCCUGCUUUCUUCCACCCCGGCUUGCCCCAUCACCCCCACACACACACACACACACACCCCACACACCCCCGUUGGGUGCUUUGCCAAAUGUCUCCAGACUUCAUGUGACAUCACCACCCCUUCUGACUCACACUUUACUGAGCCAAGCCAGAAUAACUAACUGCACGAGAGGCCGUAAAGGACUCUCUUUAUAUAGAAGCACAUCCCUCUGGAGGCAAAAGACACACACACAUACUCAUGUACACAGGGUUUACUUGUAGCUUGCUGGUUGUAAGUGGGGUGUUGUUGCUGUUGUAGUGUUGUACUGUAGGUAGCCCCGGGCUGUGUAGCAUGUCCUCAAAGCCAUGACUUAAUAUGUCCUGAGAGUGGAAAACACAUAACCCCACACUGAGCUUACUACUUUCUCUCUUUUCUCUCUCUCUUUCUAUAUAUAUAUAUAUAUAUAUAUAUAUAUAUUUUCAAACACACUUCAAUCAAAAUUAAUAUUCUGCCACACAACAAAACUUAACAGAAACUAAAUGCUCUGAUGCCAUGUUUACCUAAAGAUCAUUUGUGGUCGUAGUAGAGUAGCAGCAACCAACACGUGAUACCUGGUGCACUGUUGCCUUUUUGGGGACAAGCACCAGCUAGCUAUCAGAGUGUUUUAAUUAUAUCAUGCAGCUUUGACAUUUUGCAAUACAGUUGUACAUUUACCUUGGGUUGGUGUCAUGUGAGAUGGUGUGAUGUGAGUAGGCCUCUUUCAUUGCCGUGGAGACCGAGCCCAGUGAUCGAGUCGUUGUGUGUUUAAAAUAAAAUAAAAAAAAUAGGUAGAAAGUGUUUUUACCAAAAUGCAUUUUGUCAUGGUGUAGCUUGAACCUGAUGCGCAGGUUCACCUGUGUGUGCUCUGCCCUGCUGUGUGUGACUUAAAGAAUGUGUGUAACAAGUGUGUGGAUGUUCAAAAAGUGCAAAUGUGAGUGUGUUUCUAGGGUUUGAGGCAACUCCUAGAUGUUAACUCACUGUCGGUUAAUAGCAUGGCCACUGGAGUGCUUAUACAACACAAAGCCAAAAAAAAGGGAUGAAAAAAGGAAACUAUCGUGCACUGCGGAGCGAGGUGGGAGGAAGACUCAGCUGCCCUUGUACCUGCAUCUUCAACUGGCGCAGGGCCAGUGGCAGAACAGUGUGUACUAAAAAAAUGCAUGUUUCAUCGUCGACUUGGGCUGUUAGCUUUGGUAGCGUUUCUUCAAUUAAAAAAGGUACAGAGAUGGCUUUGCAUGACUUAGUUAAUCUGAGCUGUGACUAUCUUCUCAACACUAACAAAUGGGAAAAAAUGAGCACGGUGUCAGUGGCUGCUCCCCUGACUUGUAGCGUGUGUUCAUCCUGCCCCCUUUGGUGGCAACGAUGGGGUCCUCUUUUUGAUGUUUACCUUAUUGCCUAAAGAACAAGCACAUGUGACAAUAGAUAUAGCAACAAAAGGUUUUUCCUUGGUAUUGCAUUUGCGUUGGUUUAUAUUUAGGUAUAGAUUCAUGCAGUGUUUCAGCAGAGAGGAGCUUGCGUAUUGAUCUUGUGUGUUUGUGUGACAGACCUCCCCUCGUGGUUGCUAUGCUGGUUGCUAUGCUGUAUUGCUAGAACAUGUAGAACGUGGUGCGACGGAGGCAGCCUCCCUCUCGCAGUGCACACAGACACAAGAUGACACAACAGCAGGAAAACAUUCAGGCUGUUAAAACAAGUUGACCCCCUCACUCACUACUUGGUCUGACCAGUUUUAACUUCUUUUUUUUUACCCUUUGUGUCGGCUCGUCAUUUCAGUUCCACAGGGCCGUGUGUCACUGUGAUAGUAAAGGAGAAGACUUGGUCCCGAGUCUCUUUUAGCCUCAUUGGGUCAAGGAUCAAUUAACAAGGAUUACUUCUGUCUUGUGCACUGCCAGUGUUGACACUGCCUCCUCCUGUAGUGGAGUCAUCUGUGAUGAAGUUUUCAUAGUUUACACAGGGUGUUGUCAGUUGAGAUGCCUUAAGUAUUUAACAAUCAUAAUUUAUUACUAACUGUAGAUAUUGUGGGUAUGUAUUUAAUUUUAUAUAGUUUUUUUGGGGGGCAACUGAAUCAUAAUUUAUUUAUUUAGAAAUAACACAAAAAUGCUAUGAAAAAAAACUAUUACCUCAUUUUAGCAUUGUUUUAAAUGGGAAUGCUUUGCAUGCAUGCAGUUGUACUUUUUGGAACACUAAAUUUAAAGAAAAAAAAUUAGCCCUGCUGUUUGAUCUCCACAAGCUGGCUGUGCGAUGUUUACUGUCCAAGGCUGAGCUACUGAGCCCGCUCACUCUCUCUCUCUCUCUCUCUCUCUCGCUCUCUCUCAGUCUGUCUCUCUCUCAGUCUGUCUCUCUCUCAUGUGGUGCUGUGGAUCUUGGUUACAUUCCAUUCAAUGCAAUUUCUCUGAUCCCCCAUGCUGUGAUAUAGUGGACAAACUGCAAUGAAGUGAAUUGGUUUUAGUUUGUGAUUUAAUUUUUUUUUUUGUUUUGCACUUGUUUAAAUAUGGGAACCCUCUCACUGGCAAAAAAAAGUUAGUUUAGAUAAUGUAAUAUUAUCACUAAGAACUCUGGCUUUCAUUUUUUUAUGCUCUGCUUCUCACAAUGCACUAUGGGUCUUAAUAAUGAUCAUCUGUGAAGCAUGUUCCUUCGCUUUAACUAUCUUAAUUUUCAUCUCUGGUGUUUCUCUUCAGUUCUUCUUCCAGAAUAUUUUGUAGACUUAAGCAUAACAAGUGCCUCACUGUAAGCGUUAGGAGAUAUUUCCAUAUUACUGAAACCAAUACUAACAAUCAGUCCAUGAAGCCACCAUGCCUUAUUGGUUGCAUAAUUAAUUAAAAGAAUGAGUCAUGAAGGAGCUAAGACAACAUUUGACAGGUGUCUAACAAAAGCCAUUAUCCUCAAAAUUCAAGUCAAACUGUCCAAAACAGCUGUUGGUUUGUAGUGCUGAAGCAUUACAUAUUGUGGAAAUAGUUCUAUAAAGAGGCAUGUUUCACUGUGGGCUUUACAAAUACUACAGAAAUUCUUUAGUUCAUUUCUCUAUUCUACGGAGCCCCAGAAGGAUCACAGAUCAGAAAGAAAAAAUAUGUAUAUUGAGGCCACGAAAUGCUAUUGCGUGCCCACAAGAUACAAUUCGUUCGCACGUUUUAAUUAACGUGUGGCCACGAGAUAAGUGUAUAUAGAGAGAACCGCCUAAAGGGCUUAACCAGCCGAUACGAAUAGACAGAUCUCUCUCCAUAGCCUUCAUGAUGGGAGGAAAAGGCCGCCGCCAGGAUUUAAAGUGUAAUAUUUAACGUUAUCUCAUUCUCUUAUUCCCUUUAAGAAAGUACACAUUUUGACUGUAAAAAAUCUACUAACCGCUUGUGUUAACUUUCCUCCCCAGUGCUGAAAAGGGACAUAUGACAUCAUUCUGAAUAUUAGGUAGCCAUGUGCUUCUGAGAGCAUUACUUAUUAUUAUUCAGAAUGACAUCAAACCACUUUUCAGUGCUAACCUCCCUCCCUCCGCUCCGAGCGCUCUGCAUACUUUAUGUGUUCAAUGUAGCCGGGCAGUUAUUCUGGUGGUUCCUGAACGCACAAGCACAUCAUGGGAGAGGCGCUCUCCCAGCUGGACAGCUCAGUCCUACACUUUCCAGGUAUAGGCCAGCGUUUGUGGGUUUGGUCGCUGAACAGGACCACUUGGAAAGGUGUUAGAAGAUAAACAGCUGUUUAUAGUUUACAGCUAGAGGGAGGAUGACACAGAAAACUGGUUUGAUGAUGUAAUUCUGAAGAGAUAACAUUAAAUAUUCCAUUUUAAACCCUGGCGGCGGCCUUUUCCUCCCUUCACGAAGGCUAUGGAGAGAGAUCUGUCUUUGCGCAUUGGCUGGUUAAGCACUUUAAGCGGUUCUCUCUAUUUACACUUAUCUCGUGGCCACAAGUUACUUAAAACGUGCGAACGAAUUGUAUCUCGUGGCCACACAAUAGCAUUUCGUGGCCUCAAUAUACUUUUUUUUAAUCUGUGAUCCUUCCAGGGCUUGUACUAUUCUGUUUUAUUUUCUAUCUCCUACCUUUUCUUUUACCGUCCAUCUCUCCUCUCAGAAUCUAUCCUCUGUUUCCUUUCACAGUCUCAAAGGAAGGCAAGGAUUUUAAAGCACAACCUUUUCUAAAAAUGCAUGUUUUCUCAGGUUUCAAUAUAGUCUCAAUGGUUUAAUAGUAUAUGGUGAAAAUAUAUACAAAGAAUAUAACAGAAAAAAAAUUAUUAAUUUUGUUGCUGUUUGAAACUGAAAAACAAAGCUGAGGAGAAAAUAUCCCAAAAAGUGCCAGUGAAAGGGCUGCCGCCAUCCUUGUAUGAAAAUCUGCUGUUUAGCUGUGACUGCGCAAUGUUUUUCAAUAUAGGAUAUUUUAUCUGAAAAUAGAACUAUUUAUCAUUAAUAUUAAAGCAAUAGUGCAUUAAUGGUGAUGAGUGUGUUGAUGAAGAAAUGGAUGAGCAUAUUAUGGAUAAAUGUUAGAUUCACAUGUGGUGGAAUUUUGUACUUUAUUUAUUAUUACUACUAAUAAUGAUGAUAAUGAUUUCAAAAGUUGCAUUGCUAAACCUAAACCCUGUUCUGUUUUUUAAUUUUAAUUUUAUUUCAUUGCUUGUAUAUUAUCCUUUUGUAUGUGCUCUUUUUGUAAUAAAUUGGAUAAAAUGGACAAGUA